ACCCUUUACUCGCACAUCAUCCAUUUUUAUUUACAACCAUCAUCUCAUCUCAUAUUGUUUGGUAAGAAAUGGAGCUGUCAAGAAUAGGGCUUCUCUCCAUUCUCAUCAUGCUGCUGCUGCUCGAUGCUGCCUCUAUAUCCCGGGCUUGCCCGUCCGGCGAUGGCGGCACCCGGUGCCGGGCCUGCAUCGAAAGCCAGAUGAAGACGGCAUGCCCUGGCUGUGUCCCGAUCAUGCAGUGCCUGUCCGAAUGCCUCUGGAACGGCUCCUCCCGUUCCAAAUGCACCAAGCAAUGUGACUGCAAUACCAACGGAUAUCCACACCUCCCGGAUUGCAAGAAGUGCCUGUCGCAGUGCAAGUGCAGCUGCUCGGCUCCGGCCUAACCGGAGGGACAAGAGUCGAAUCUUUGCAGCAUAUAUCGCAAUACAUAUACAUAUAUAUAUGGGCUAAUGUAUGUGUUUUCUUCUAUGUUGGAUGAUAAGGUUUAAGAAAUGGAGUGGCUGAAAGAAUGAAUUGAGAAUC